UUCGCCCUGUACUAAAUUGCUUUUGCCUCUGUCUAGAACUCGGAGCUCUUCACACUGACGUACGGAGCUCUGGUCACCCAGCUGUGCAAGGACUACGAGAACGAUGAGGACGUCAACAAGCAGCUCGACAAGAUGGGUUACAACAUCGGCGUCCGGCUAAUAGAAGACUUCCUGGCCCGGUCCAACGUGGGGAGAUGCCACGAUUUCCGUGAAACUGCAGACGUUAUUGCAAAGAUAGCAUUUAAAAUGUAUUUGGGCAUCACUCCAAGCGUCACCAACUGGAGUCCGGGAGGUGAUGAAUUCUCCCUGAUUUUGGAAAGUAACCCCUUGGUGGACUUCGUGGAGCUCCCUGACAACCACUCGACUCUCAUCUAUUCCAACCUGCUGUGCGGGGUGCUGCGGGGAGCCCUGGAGAUGGUUCAGAUGGCCGUGGAUGUAAAAUUCGUGCAGGACACACUGAAAGGAGACAGCGUCACAGAGAUAAGGAUGAAGUUCAUCAGGCGGAUCGAAGACAACCUCCCAGCUGGUGAAGAGUGAAUCGCAGCCCAGCCUUGGGGCCGCAGGGGAGCAGCUGGCCGUUAGCUCUCAUCACAGAUCCGUAGGGAAAUAGUGCCCCUGUGCAUUCAGACUGACUCACUGACUGUUUAAGAUGUCAUAUAGUCUUCUCCUCUUACCUCCAUCUUCCAUAGAAGACAAUUGUUUGGUUGCUGUUUAUUUCACAGGUUCAUUCUGAAGCUUUUUCCUAAGGUGAUGGUUUUUCCAUGUCCUCCCCUGGAGACUCUUUCUAUGCUGUUUCUAAUUGUGAGA